AAACUAUCUGUCCGAUGUUUUCGUGAUUGAUAUAUCUUUGAUAGAACCACGAUUCAAUCCAACUUUUGAGAGAUCUGCAUCAGGUAACCUGGAACGCCGAGAAAUAUCCAUGGAGGUUCUAUCGAUCGGAUCUCCCUUUCGCACCACCCUCCGUUUACAAACAAUAUGGCCAUCUCUCUGGUGUCCGGGUCUUCUCUAUUCGUGGCAAGUUUGGUGACACGAUCCCUUUAAGCAAGGAUUCAUGCAGGGCCCGAGAAGUCAUGCACGCAAAGUUGGCUGAAAGGGUUGGCCGAUGGGGACGGGAGGUCAGCUACGAAGUUGAAUUCUACCAACCUGAUAUUCGUAAUGGCGUUGUAACCUGUGCUGCACUCUCCCUUGAUGGUCGCCAUGUUGCGCUCGGGUUUGGCAGCGGUGUCAUUGAAGUUGUCGAUAUUGACCAUCAGCGUACAAUCUGCCAAUUGCAGCACAAUUCAGCCAAUCUCCCUGACUGGAUUGAAUUUGUCCAUGGCAGCCACAGGGUUGCUACCGAAGAUAUUGAUGGGAACGUCGCAAUCCUCGGCCAUGGCAUAGCCCCUGUGAAGCUUGGCAAUCUUCCUUCUGGUCUCUAUCCUACUGGAACCGCCAUCUCAGAUAAUGGAUUAUUUAUCAUACGAGCUCCACGAAAUUUCAAUAAUCCUUGGUGCGAUAACAUGACGCUCAUAUCCGUCUCUGAGCAUCCUUUCAUUCAGGCCCUCACCUCUCCUUCGUGUCAGGGACUCGUCCGGGGUCGAGGGGGUCCGGGUAUAGCGUCCGGGACCGAGAGCCUGGCGGGGGGCGGAUCGGGCGUGCGUACUGACAGGCCCGAUGUGGGACAGUGGUCCCUGGCCACUUAGACUGAAGUGGAAGGUUGUUAUUAUCAUUAAAGGAGAGAUAUUGUACUGCUUACCUGAAGUGGAAGGUUGAGAAGAAGGCUACUUCUUCGGUUCCCACUUCAGGUUCGUUUAUAUACAUGCGGCUUGGAUCACAUGAUGGGUGCCACGUCACCCUCGCACACAGCCGUAACCACCUGGGUGUCUCCGUGGGAGAUCCCGAGGGUAUCCGGUGCAGGCGCGCGUGCUGGGCACUGUCAUAUCCCGGAAUCCCGACCCCGCACACUCCCACCACAUCACACCUUCCUAACAACUUCACCAUCCCCUACACCAUGCCUCCCCACUCUCCAAAUCACCUUC